UAUUUAAGCUGGCGUUAUAGUCUGAUGUAGCUCAAUCUUGUGGUGACUAUAAAAUGAAUAUAUCAGAAACUGAUAGCUCUGCAAGACCCUCAGAAUGGUUAUCACUAUGGAAUCAAGGAGAUUCAACUAUAAGUUUUAAAAACAGCACUAAACAAAACAGAGGAGAAAUUAAAGAAGACAACUUUAAUCAAGAGAAGAACUUUCCUCCAGAACUAAAAUCUUAUUCACGAUUAGCAAAUUGGAAGAGAUGGCUCGACAUUCACAAAGAACAACAAGACAAACUGAGCAACACGUUGAAAAGGCCUCCGCAGUGCUUACUGAUGAACAUGAACUUGAACAAUCUCUAUGUUAACCAGCAAAAACAACUGAUCACAGAUGCUUCCGAAUUUAAGUUUUCUGACAAGCACAGAGGUCAUCCUUGUUUCUGGGAAAUGGAAGGAGGAGCUCACGGGGAUGGGGAGAAGCUGGAGAUCUAUCGACCAAUCCAGAAAAGAUACGACCGAUCUAGACCGGUGCCAGAAGUUAAUUGUUGUUCUCAACCAAAAGAAGUAGAAUAUGUUGGAGUUCCAGAUGUGAUCAUGAAAGAAAAAGGUCUCUUGGGCGAGCAAUGUCUACCACACCCAAAACUAAAAUGGGACACGUCAUAUUAUGUCAACAGGAAAAAGGAAAGUUUAAGAACCAAACUUGAUCUGUUUCAAGAACACAUGCCUCAAUCAGAAACACUUGCGGUUGUAGGCUGCAAGAUGAUACCUAAUGAAUCUCGCACAGUUAACUUUGACCUUGGAAAUGUACUGGAGAUUAGCGAUGCAAGUAGCAAUGAAAGUCAUAUCUCUAUGGAGUAUUUGGAGUCUGUAAGAGAUAUUAUUACUGUUUCAAUUGGAGAUGAUAUUGUGGAUAAAUGGUCAAACUUCUGGACCAUAUAUUUUGGAGAUUCACUUACCAAUGAAUUGUAUGAAAAAGUUUUGAACAUUGAAAACUCAAGUGAUUGCUGUGUGAGAUAUUACUGGGAACUAGUGUUGCCAUCUUUUAUCAACAGCUCCCUUCCGUUAAAAGUUGCUAGGAAUAUAGAAACAUUUUUCUUUGAUAAGAACGAUGGAGUUAUUUUACCAAAGUCAAGCGAAAAACUAUCUUUUUAUUUUGACUCUAGGAGAGUUGGGGUAUUUUGUGAACAGUGGAAACUUUAUCUCAGUAAAGCACCUGAUGAAGAGGAGUGCAUAACAAUAGAACUUCAAGCUGUUGCUAUUGAAAAACCUGAGAUUGAAGGAAACUUGAAACGCAUCGACUCUUACAUAGAAUCUUGUACAAGACAUAACAUAGUAUCCAAAACUGUGAAGGAAAUCUUGGAAAGAACACGUCCCGAGAGGCCUCUACAGUUGCCUUACGAUUGGAUGUUCUUUGAGGAACAAAUUUUUAUAUUCAAUAAUCCUGAUUUAUAUUAUGACAGCAAGAGUGUAUAUUCUCUUAGAGAGCUGUACAAAAGAGUAAGCGAGGGACCUUGGGACUUUUCUGUUCAAACGCUUAGGAAAAGACUUUCAGAAAAAGCCUUGCAAGAAGAUGUAUCUGAAACAAUCAGUGAGUUUACUGCGACUAUUUGUAAUCUGGUGAAACCUAAAUUAAAGUUCUCACUGACAAAUGAAAAACGCAAAUCAGUAUGUGAAUUAUUAAGCUGUUUUAUAAACAUUUUGGAAAAAGAAAGUGAUAGUCUUAAGUGUAUUUUGAAAAUUCCUCUUAGACUAUCAAGCUCUCUCAGUCUAAGAGAUGAAAGUAAAAUUUCAGUGAGAACUCCUCGCUCCUCAAAAUUAAAAUCCAAAAGUGGCAGGAAGACCAAAAGGAAAUCUCACACAUCUUCAAGUUUUACAGAUGAGAAAACUUUACAAGGAGAAUCUCAGUUCAGGGAAACAUUUGAUAUCAGAGCAUCGGGAGUGCCAGAAGAAAAACUUGAAGAGAAAAUAAAAAAGCAAGAAUAUCUGGACGCUUUGUACAUGAAGACAUAUCACCAUUUGUCUGUGACUAUUGACAGCAUAAGUGCUGUGAUUGACUCAUUUGAUACUCAUAAGGUAAAAGGUGCUUUAUAGACUAUCCCUGAGAGCGUGUAGAACAUAAUAUUAGCAUAAAAAUCUGAAAAUUACAUUUAAACAAUAGAAAAUACUGAAUUUUUUAUGCAAUUAAUUAGUUAAGUUGCUUGAAGGGAUUAUUUUGGAAAGAGUUUUAACUGGUUUGUGCUACAAAAGACUUCUUUUCAACCACAACAUAAAAUUUAGCUAUCUACCUUAAAUAGAUUAGUUAUUGUAUUGACAAUAUAUUAUAAACCAGCCUU